CUCCGGCCAUGAGCCGUGUGGUGCGGACCGAGCCGCUGCGCGGGGAGCCCCCCGUGCGGCUGCCUGGCGACCCCUUCUCCGUGGUGGUUCUACUUCGGGGCUACGCGGAGCCCGAGGGGGCGGGCGGCGCCGUGCGCGCCGACGGCUCCGUGACCCUCAUCCUGCCCCGCGCCUCCCGCCACCGAGAGCCUCCGUCCGAGGGCGGCGAGGCGAAGACCGCCCUGGAGGAGGCAGCCCGGGGUCCCAUCCUCGUGGACACCGGGGGCCCCUGGGCUCGGGAGAGGCUCCUGGAGGCCCUGGCGGGGCAGGGCGUGGCCCCCGUCGACGUGACUCUGGUGGUGGGAACCCACGGACACUCGGAUCACAUCGGGAACCUGGGGCUGUUCCCAAGGGCCGCUCUGUUGGUCUCGCACGACUUCUGCCUCCCCGGGGGCUGCUUCCUUCCCCACGGGCUCGGGGAGGAGCGGCCCCUGCGGCUGGGGCCGGGGCUCGAGGUGUGGGCCACGCCGGGCCACGGGGGCCAGCGGGACGUGAGCGUGGUGGUGGCGGGCACGGCCCUGGGCACCGUGGCCGUGGUGGGCGACGUGUUCGAACGCGAUGGGGACGAGGGCUUCUGGCAGGCCCUGAGCGAAGACCCGGCGGCUCAGGAGCGGAGCCGGAAGAGGGUCCUGGGCACAGCCGACGUGGUCGUGCCCGGCCACGGAGCCCCCUUCCUGGUGGUCAGGGAGGCCUGGAAUCCAGAGGCAGAGGGCCCCGAGGCCAGAGACGAGGAGCCCCAGGAGACGCCGGACGCCCCAGGAGACGAGGAGCCCCAGGAGACGCCGGACGCCUGUGAGGGCGGCCCUCCCGCCCCAGCCCCCGGCCUGGGAACUGAAGUCUAGGUUGGGAGAGGACCAGUCAGCCAGAGUCGGAGGGGCCAGGUCACUCCCAGCGAGGACAGAGCGCUUCUGCCACCGCUGUCACCAAUAUCACCAUUUUAGCAGCCAAACUCGGACCAAGGACGGACCAGCUGUGUGCCACCUCUGAGGGUUUCAUUAACAAAAUGGGAGACGAUUGGGAGAGUUCUCCCAAAUAAAAAUUGGAAACUACGUUGAAAAUCAUAGUGCCUUAAUGUAAAUAAAAAUUGGAAACUA